AACGCUGUGUUUCUUAUCUGGUUCCUGGAUCCAUCUUCCUACAGGGCAGAGAUGACUGUUAGCGCACUUCCCGGAUCAGUCAAAUUGGAAGGAUGGGGCCCCGAGAAAAAGGUCGUCAUCGAGAAAACGGAAAAAUCGUCCUUCGGAUUUAGUAUUGUCGGUGGAAAGGUCAAUGUGGGUGGCGAUGUUACGUCGGGAUUGUUUAUCAAAAGUAUCAUCCCAGAAAGUCCUGCAGACAAGUGUGGUGAACUGAAGAUCGGAGAUCGAAUACUAGCUGUGAACGAGAACAGUUUGGAAAAUGCCUCUCAUGAGAAAGCCGUCAAUUACAUUAAAACUGCCAACGAUCGCAUCGUCCUAGUCGUUCAGAGUUUGGAACGCAACGUACGAGAAACCAACCCAAUGGUGCUUCAAAAGAAGGUUCCACCACCAGUAACUCCGUCGAAAACGCCCGAAGUGGAGUAUAUACAAGAUGGCAAACCAAAGAAAGAAACCGUCGCAACUCCGGAAGAUAAUAAGACACUCACGGUCCCGAAAGCCCGCCAAGAGUCUAGCGAUUCCGAAAAUUCAUCCGACGACGAGGAAGAUAGCCGUGAGCUGGAGGGCAAAACAUUUACAAAAGCCGGUGUUGAGAUCGACCGUGCCUCCGCUGGCAAUACAAAGCUCGGCGAAGAAGACCCUGAGGAGGAAGAUGACUAUGGCUAUACGACGAAGAAAAUAAAGAAGCGUUACUCCGCGUUGGGCGAAGUGGACUGCUGUACGAUCUUGCGAGACAGCAACGAAACAUGCGGUCUAUCUCUGUGUGGUCACCGGGACCGUACUCGCAUGGCUUGUCUUAUUGCCGGCAUCAAUCCGAAGGGUGCAGCGGCCGGUACAUCGCUUGUCGUCGGUGAUGAAGUGCUGGAGGUCAAUGGAACUGUUCUCCAUGGACGGUGUCACCUGAACUGCUCGGUGAUCAUCAAAAAUCUUGCCAGCCCUACCCUUAAGUUUAUCGUGCUAAGAAAAAAGACAUCCCCCGAAGAGCUGGCAGUGAAACCGGUGAAGCAUUUCCCCACUGAUUUUGACUAUACCGAUAAUAUCAUGGAAAAGUUUAAGGAUGUUAAAACGAUCACAGUGAAAAAGGGUACUUCCAGCUUGGGUAUUAUGAUUAUCGAAGGCAAACACUCCAUCGCUGGACAAGGUAUAUUCAUAUCGGACAUUCAGGAAGGAUCUACGGCGGAAAAGAGUGGCCUGAAGAUUGGUGAUAUGCUGCUUGCGGUUAACCGCGACUCGCUGCUAGGCUGCAAUUACGAAACGGCUGCCGGUCUGUUGAAGAAAGCGGAGGGCGUCAUCACGCUAAAGAUAUGUAAUCCGAACAAGGAGAAGGAAACCGAUAAAAAGGCAAACGGUGAGGCCGGUGCUGGACCAGGAACAACACCCAACAAGAAAAAACCGGAAGAGAUGGCAACGUUGGCCCCAAGCCGGGCAGGCACUCCGCAUGGCUCCAAACCGGAAGCAUCCCCUACGAAAGAGGUAGUUGAUCCGCUGAAAGCUUCGAUCAAUGAGAACGAAUUCACGGUGAUCGAUAUACUGACCGAGGGUAAACCGUUGGGCAUCAUUGUUGCCGGUGGCUGUGAUUCUUUGGUGAAGUCCGGAGCUGCAGUAAUGGAUAUUUUGCCGCAAAGCGUUGUGGAGAAGGACAAUCGGCUGCAAAUAUUUGACCAACUGGUGGAAAUCAAUGGAUUUAAGGUUAACAAUACUUGCACUAGUGAGGCCAUCAAGCGUGCCGUCAAACAAUUGCAUCCAAAGGUUCGUUUGGUUGUUUAUCGUGCCAACCCACCACCAACGGAAACAGUCGAGGUGGAUUUGAUGAAAAAACCGGGCAAGAAUCUUGGACUCACAUUCCGUGCCGGAAAUCCGAAAGGAAUCGUUAUCACUGGCUUGGUGCCUGGCGGAUCGGCUGAAUUCGAUGGACGCAUACAGGUGGGCGAUGUGGUGUCGCAUAUCAAUGGCGACAGUCUGGAAGCGGGCGGUAUCGAACAGUGCGCCUCACUACUGAAAACGGCCCAGGGCAAGGUGGGUUUGCGCAUUUUGCGGCCAAAGCUAAAGGAACGAUCCGUUUAAGUCUUCUCAAAACCA